AUGAUCAAACUUCGCCUAAUCUUGAUCGCUCUUAUUGUUCUUGCGAUUAUUACCACUAUUGCAAGCGCCGUAAGACCAAAGAGUGAUGGUGGUUAUGACCGACAUACUUCGACUUGUCAUACUAAAAGAAACGGAAGAAAAAGAAAAAGGAAUUGUCUACCUGCUCUUGGAGGAGGGCGGAAAGGAGGAUCUAAUUACAAGCCACCGGAUGGCGCUCACAAAUCGGGUAAUCACCCAGCCAGCACUCCUGCAAUGGGCAACCCCCCCACGAUUGGCAACCCUGCGCUCGAUCAUCCUGCGUUCGAUCAUCCUACCUAUGGUUCACCCAAAUAA